AAAGUUUUUCUUUUUUUUCUCGUCCCAUUUUAAGAUACGUACAAACAAAAAAAAAUAUCGAUUCACAUAAUUUGUUAUAAACUUUCUAUUAAAAGAAAACUGUGUUAAACUUAAAAAAACAAAUGUAAUGUAAGAAUAUUAGUAAGAAAUAUCAUGUACCUAAUUAGGACUUCUAUAAACCUCUGUGCGCGGAUAUUAUAGUUAGUAAACUGAACCUUUAAUUAACCCCCCUCUAACCAUUUACUCGGACAACUAUGACAGGCAGGAUUAACGACAUUUUAGAUUCUUCUAUGUGAAGUGGUGAGGAAAUCGCAUAAUUAAUGGAAUAUUUCUUAGCCUUGUAUUACACUACGUAUUACGCGUUACUAUUACAAACGUUAAUCGGUUUAGGGCAGUUAUCUUCGAUCCGCACGCUAAACGCUUCGACGACGCCUUCUCUAACGCCCAAUAUAUCCUUCGAUUUGACCGAGAAGGACGUCAUCUUAUUCGAUCGCGAUAACCCGAUUACGGAAAAUACCGUUAUAACCUUUAACGGCCAGUCGGUUAUUUUAAACUGUUCGGUUCACAAGAACGAUUCCGUCAAGAUCAGGUAUGAUUGGCUCAAGGACGGACAUCUGCUGCCUCCAUUUACGUCGCCUUAUAGAAGGUCGAUAAACGUUCGAACGGGGCAAUUGACGAUUAAAGAUGUGCGGGCGGAUAAUAAGGAUUCCGCCUACUACGAUUCCGGGACUUAUCAAUGCAUGGUAACCGUAGAUCGACCCGGCGCCCAUCUAUGUCUGCUGAGUUCUCAUAUCAAGCUAGUCGUUGCCAGCUUAGGCCCUCUCAUUCCAUCUCCUAGCCCUUUCUCGCUCUUCUCCCCUUCUCCGUCGUCCAAAUUUUCAACGCCCAUCCACCCGUUAAUCAUUCCAAUUUUCUGCCGAACGAAACAAAUCCAGGGCCCGACGAUAGCCCCACUUCAAGUCACGUGGUUAAAGGAUGGUGCCGUCUUGAAGAUAACGCCAAAUGUUUACGGUGUUAUUCCUUUAGCCGGGAACGAGGAAGGCUACGCCGGAGAAAUAUUGCUAGUUAUUCAUGACGGAAAAACGCGUAAAGAGGGAAAUAACCCGAAUGGGAAAUAUAGGUGCAAGAUUGAAAUUCCGCUCGAGGCAGAGUACAGUCCCGAAGUCGUAGUGGAUUUCAAAAAAAACGUUAUGGACACGACCCUGGCAGAACCCUUCUUUUUGGUCAAGCCUUGGGACAUCACUUACACUCUUUCUCGGUCGUCUAGCCAACCUUUGUCAGAUUUCAUGGAUAAUUCCCAAAACAUACCGAUUCCAAAUGAGGAUUUACAUCCUCCCCAUGGGAUACGAAUUCCCUGCGUCGUUUCCGGCUUUCCCGUACCCGACAUAGUUUGGCUUAAAAACGGGUUGGAAUUGUCGCGGAACCAUUCUAACAACUCUUCAAAAUAUCGAAUCGUAAAAGCUUACGCCUCCGCUUCCUUUCUCCACAUAAUGGAACCCACGGUUCACGACGCGGGUAUCUACACCUGUAGAACUUUUAAUACCGAAGACUCUGUCGACGCAUCUAUCCAUGUCAAAAUUUUAGUGCCACCCUCUUUACUCCUAACACCGGUCCAUUUCAAACACCUGAAAGCUGACAGCGAUCUUUCCCUGACUUGCUUAGCCCUCGGUCACCCCAAACCCGUUAUAACUUGGUUCAAAGACGGGGUUUUGAUCGACUCGGACUCCGAUUACAUCCGCAUAGACUCGAGGAACAAUCAACCAUUCUUGUCCCGUUUUUUCCGUUUCUCCCAACUGAACUGGGAAAAUUUGAGGGAAUAUCUAACCGUGAGUCGCCUUCACAUCUUGGGCACCGUGGCCUCCGAUUCGGGCUUUUACCAAUGUUUCGCGGGUCACCAAAAUUUGGACAAAAAGCCUUUUUACACUGUCACGAGCGAAGUUUUGUUGUCCUGCGAUGGUACAGCCGACAGGGAAACCGUGGCAGAAGAGCUCACAAGAACGACGAACAGCAACGCCCUUCUAGAAAGUUCGGCCACUGAGAUAAACAAUAAAUUGGUGGAGAAUAAAUUCGCGUCCCCGUCGCUCAAAUUGAUUCGCAAGACUAACCAAACCGUAAUGCUGGAAUGGUCGUUGCCCGCCAACGCGCUUUACGGGGAGUAUCACAUUCAAUACGGACCUGUCAAUUCUAAAAGGAGGCGAAAAAUAGAGAUAAAUUAUCCGUCGACCACCGAGUCCCCUUCCUCGCCCGUUCUUGGAGGACAAAUAUCGAUGACCGGGCUUACCCCAGAUACCGAAUACCGGUUCGAGUUGCUUAAUCGCCGUUCGGAUAAGGCGAACUUUAACGUGUUAUUGGUUCGAACUCUGGGCACACCUAAGUUAGCGGUGAAUCACGUGACUUCGGAGCCUGGACCUCCCACCAAUUUAAAGGCUUGGCCAACUUCGUCCACCUCCAUCAAGAUCACGUGGGAGCCUCCCGUUUUCCCCGAUAAAAGGACGUUCGUUUUUACGGUUCACAUCAAGAGGCUGGGUAGCGCUCUGGCCUAUUUUUAUUACCUUUCAUCCCGACGGUACGCCGAAAGGCCUAAAGCAUGGCGGACCGGUGAAUCUAGAUUCUCGGAUCCCUUCGAUUACGAUUCCGAUAAUAAUAAUAGGAGACGUAUCUUCGAGACGUUGGAGAGUACUAGGCGGAAAAGAGAUUACUUAGAUGACUUCCACCUAAAUGAACAAUACCUCAGCGAUGUUCUAGUACUACACGAUUAUGCCGUUACUAAUGCGUCACUUAAGACCCCUAUCAAGCGAAGCCCCGUCUCACCACAAUGGCCCCUGUACGAACAAAGUUACGACUUCCGGCCGGAAAGCGAUCUCCAUAUGCCAGAAGCUGAAAACGGGGAAACUGAGGGCAGCGAAGAGGCGGUGAAUGUGCGUGGACUAUGGUACCACGCGUCCCAUCUGAUUCCAUUUUCUUACUAUUCCGUGCGUGUAUCGGCACUGCUCGUAACGGACGAUGAUAAACCUGGUGCGGAAAAAAGUUUUAUCACUUCCCCCACGCCCCGCCUUAUUGUCCGCACGCUCUCUGACGUGCCCUCCGCUCCACCACUUAACGUUACUUUGGCUCCACUUUCUUCAUCCGCCAUUAUUGCUCGAUGGCAGCCACCACUUAUUGCCACCUUGAACGGUAUUUUGACUGGUUACAAGGUCCGUUUUCGCGGUCCAACGCCCGACGACCGGGGAGUCAUAACUGUGGAUGCUCGAGAAACUCGCGCAGCUAUAAGCGGCUUAAAAGAAGGAGUCCGAUACGCCGUCCGCGUGUCCGCUAUAACUGUCAAUGGAUCGGGUGUACCUUCAGAGUGGGUCAGUUUUACUCUUCCUCCCGUGUAUUUCGCCCGACACCUAGACGAGUCCCGUGUACCAGACUCUCCUGGUUCCUUGAAAGUAUUACCUUUGCGAGGCGGGGCGAAAAUAUUCGUCCGUUGGACUGCUCCCGCCAAUCACAAUGACAUCCUGGUACGCGGGUAUACCUUAGGUUACGGCAUAGGCGUUCCCGACAUUUUUUCGCGCGUGCUCUCUCCGGCGGUCACUUCUUACACCCUAGUGGACCUAGUUCCGGGGUCGGAGUACGUUAUAAGCCUUCGAGCCUUUAACAAUAGGGGAAAUGGGAGGGAAAGGCUGGAGACCGUGAAGACAUUGCCUAAAUACGGUUCGUUGAGGGAUAACGACGAAGGCGACGGGAGGGAGGAAGAAUCCGUUUUGCUACCUCCCAUAGGUCUGGAAGCAUUGACCAUGUCGGAAAGCGUCAUCUCACUCUCGUGGUCCGACACCGCCGAUCUUUCUAUGUUGACCUUCUCUGAUUUGCGUAGUCUGAACAGGCUCGAAACUCGCCUCUACACCGUCAGGUACAAUCCUUCUUCCGCGUCUCUUCCCUUCAUGUCUUCCGACGACUUACAUUCUACGAGUAGCAGCAUAUACAAGUACAUCAACGUGACGCGACAGACGAAAUCCGUCAUUCAAGGGUUAAAGCCCAACACUCAAUACGAAUUCGUCGUUAAAGUAGCAGUGAUUCAAUCUCUCCCCAAUAUUCCGUCCGUUCAAAAUAGCGAUAAGAAUACCGACGCGUUGGGAAUAAUUAUCACUGUCAAAAGUAGCACAUGGAGCCUUUCGGCCUUCAACACCACGGGCGAGGCCCCUCCCGGCUCGCCUCCGAGGGAUUUGACCGUAUUCGGGCUCGAACCCGAGCCACCGCUCCUGUCCAAGUCAUCGACGUUGACAUCUCCGCCGAGGAGGACGAGCGACAAAGGGGGAGAUGGCCGUAGCUGUUGCUCGGUCUUCGUUAACUGGCAGCCCCCAAAGCAAGCCAACGGCAAAAUAAUGGGUUACCUCGUUUUCUACACCACCCAAGCCCAGAGACCGGAUAGGGAAUGGAUCGUGGAGACCGUUAAGGGUCAUCAGCUGACUACACUAGUCAGGGAAUUAACGCCCGAUACCUCUUACCAUUUCAAGAUACAAGCCCGCAACUCUAAAGGGUUCGGUCCUCUCUCCCCCGUCGUAUAUUUCAAGACGCCCUCCGUUCCCAACACUAUGCUCGGUCAAUUUAAACAGAUGGAUCAAGUCAUGAUCUCCAACGAAAAUUCUGAAGCUGGACUAAUAUUAGAAGAUCCGGAGAACCAUCCCUCGAAAAGAGAUGAGAAUUCCGCCAGCGGCAGUUCUUCGUCCAAGCGCGUACUUUAUAUGGCAUCAGCGGGGGCCGCCGUGUGCCUACUCUUUCUACUUUCUUUGGCAGCCUUUCUCUUGACUCUUGCCAGACGUCGCCGUCGCAAUAUUUAUAAAGACAACGUGGCACCUCGCCGCGAAUCCGCUUCUAAAAGCCCGCGCCCAUGGCACAAGGAUCGCUCAGAAGAGCUGGCCAUCGAUUACGACGAACGAGGAAAAUACGACGUGGAGGCGGAAUACGGAGUAGCUUCUUCGUGCGACCCUCGCGAUUACGAGUUGCGAAGCGAAUUUUCGGAUUUUAGCAAUCAACCGCGAGGUCAAACAUCGAGCAAACAGCACCAAAACUCGCUCCUCAACAAAAUGUCUACGGGAGGCGUGGCCCCUUCGCCAUCACCCCUCACUCCUUCCUCCCUUUUCCUUCAUCUCCAUUCCUGUCAAUCGCAUCAUUCUCGUGACACUUCUUAUACCGUCGUGGAUUCUACCCCUUGCGGUCACCACCAUAGCCAAAAUCAUUGUGCCAACAAUCGCCUUAAUAAUCAUUCGAUGAAUCAUUCCCAGCGCUUCCUCAAAUCUUUAAAUAAUGGAACUAGUAGUUUGCGCCUCCCUCACCAUGAACAAUCUCCGCCUUAUCUCCUAGAGGAUCAAGAAGAAACGCAACAACAAGAAAGAAGGGAAAGGGAAAACAUGGCUACUUGUAUUCUCAACCCUAACUCAAAUAAUUACAAUUAUUGUUCCACGUGCCGUCACCGCGCGCUUCAGGAUGGCGCGUCGAGCGGCACCGUACAGAGUCAUUCCGAUUACGCGAGCGGAACCGAGUCGUGGAGCAUAAUGGGCGGGGGUGGAGCCGAUAAGUGCUGCUGCACAUGCGCUGGCGUCAAUCAGUACCCCAGAUCUGAUCACGUCCAUCACGGUGGCAAUCAAGAUGCAUGGGUUGGACAGAUACAAACUCCCAAACCAUCUCAUUGUGGGUUCGAUACUAAUACCUUAGAAUUGAAAUCGUUAGUUUCGGCCACUUCUUAUCAAAGAUGCCGUUGUGAAAUUAACCUGAACCGGGGUAAUAUGGACUCGUGCUGUGGCAGACCUAAUAUUGUCGUGUCUCGCGAAGAACAUCAUCUCAACGAUUGCUUACCCGCGUGUCAUCCGCGUUCGCUGCCCACCGAGUCAAUAAUGGACGACGCGGAAAGCAGCGUGAUGCUUUUACCCCCUUAUUUGCCACCGCCGCCUUCUCUCCUCACCCCUCUCAUGUUUCAAAAGGACGAAAUUUUUUCCCGGUAUUCUCCCAACACAGGAAUAACGAAUAACUCCUCGAGCAACAUCAAUCCUAAUCAAGUCAUUAAUAGGAAUUCUCCCUUAAGAAACAAGAACAAACAAUAUCAUCCGCUAAAAAGCUUUCGAAUACCAGCGCCUCCGAAAGAAAACCCGGCCCACAAAAGCAAUCACUCGAAAGCUCCCGAUCUAUUGUACCAAGCUUGCAAAAAGGAUCAAGAAAUUUUAUCGCUAUUGAAGAAAAAUACUAAGAGUACAGAGGACCUAAAUACAGAAAUGCAGAAUCUAGAGGGUCUAAUACAAGACAUGAACACGAUCACGUCCCAUAAUAUUAAUAAGGUUAACGCCGGUAAAAUUAAAUAGAAAGGGAAAAAAAAGAGACAUCAUAGCAGUUCACUCUAAAACAUGAUAAUAACCCUUGCUCAAAUAUUUAAAGAUGAACGAGAAGAAAAAAAAAUACUUUAAUUUAUAAUAUUUUCUUAGUCAAUAAAAUAAAAAUCGCCAAAUUCCAGCGCUACCACCGUCUUUUCAUAUUUGCUAAAAUGUACCAUCAUGUAACCCUACUCCCCACUAUCUUAUUUAUUUGUCUUAAAAAAAAAGUCUUAUUCUAUUAUAUUUCGAAUUAUCGAUCUCUUACUACUUAAAAACAAAAAAGCCAAUUCUCUUUUUAUCUUGUCACACACCUAUAAUAGAAUCUUAUCACAUCACCCCUUUAAAAAGAUGUUACACACCUAUACAUGUCAGAGGCGGAUCCAGAAAAUUUUCUAGAGGAUAGUCCCUCCAUUCCUUAAAUCCGCCAACUGAUGGUUUUUAUGAACCUGUUAAUUCAAAGCAGCUCUUAUUUAUUACCAAAGAUUUACUCUGAUCCUGCCAAGGAAUUUACCGGGGAAAACAACACUUAAAACAUUUUGUGCAAUCAUUUUUUAUUUAUUUGUAAAAUACUGCCCAAAGAUCAUUUAAAUUUUUUUUCUUAAUGGCGUAUAAUAUUUCACUUAUAUAUAUAUAUUAGAAUUUACAUUGCCCUACUCGUUUUUUUUAAUGAGAAAGAUAGAAAAAUAUUUAUAUUCAUACCUAAAAAUAUUU